GUAGGUUGGGAAAGACAAUAAGUAAUAAAAUGUUAAUUCAAUAACAAAAAAUAAUAGUGAUGCACCUAGUGGAUGCCUUGGGGAUAGACAAUGUAUUCAUGUACUGCUCCUCAUUUUUUUAAAAUGUUUGAGAAACAUUUUAAAAAACUGAGGAGAAGUACAUGACUCCUUACUAUCUCCAAGGGAUCCACUAGGUCGGAAUAGGGUAGGUUUGGAAAUACCAUAAUGAAUAAAUGUUAAUUUUAUAACAAAAAACAACAGACAUACAUAAUUUGAAUUAGUUAAUUAAUGAAUAUUUUAAUGUAGAAUGGCCGAAACAAGUAAUGACACAGGUGGUGGCUCCAAGAGAGGCAGGGGAGCUUAUUACGGUGCCAAUAUCGAGAAGGAGCUGGCCAUCAAAAAAGUUACUCAUUUGAAAGUAGAGUUUGAUAAAGAAACUGGAAAAGCUAUUCAAAAGUACGGCAAGUGGUUCAACAAUUCCAUGGCUCGUUAUUUGCGUAGCACCGUACCCCCAACUACACUAGCUUGGGAACAAGUAAAACCAGCUGAUAUCGAAGUUAUUCGAAAGAGACUAUCUGAAAAAUUCAUUUAUCCAGAAGACAAUCCAGUAAUCAACGAUGCCAUGGUAAGACAAAUGCAAAAACAUCUGACUGAUUGGCGCCACACGAUGAAGAAACACUGGGUAGAUGUUGGAGGAGAGGUGGACAAUGAGAGAGCGAAGUCAAAACCUUUUGUGUCGAUCACUUCUUCUGAUUGGGCAGUUCUGUGUGAUUUUUGGGCUUCUGAUUCUCACCAGGUAUGCCGUACAUUUUACAUUAAUUUUUAAUUAUAAAAUUACAAUUUAGAUUAAUGAGUACUGUUUUCUUUUUGAAGCGUAUAUCGAAGAAAAAUAAAGAAGCUCGAGCUAAAAUGACCAUACCAGGAGGACACGGUUCCAAAUCCAUCGUUGCCCAUGUUUAUGAUCACGUAAAUUAUAAUAACUUAUAUCCUUACAUUUACGAAAAUAUUAUAAAUGUCACAAUGUUUAAAUAAUUUGCUUUUUUAGAUGGACCCAUCUACUGGCCAGCUCCCGAGCAUGAUCGACACAUUCGA